UGGUUUUCUUUUACGCUGCUGAUUAGCGAUUACCAUAGCGUGGUACAUCGUGCAUAUCUGAUAUCGUGAAAAGUGGGGCCUGCAGUUGGCCAUCGCUGUUGCACUGUACUCUGUGUACAGAACUACAGAUACUUCUGUGUGUGAUUCUGUAUAGGUUGUAUUUUUCAUUUCCACUGCACUCUACCUACCAUUUGCUAAACUUCUUGGCGGAUCCUUCAGAACUUUGAUCUAACUAUUUCAGCUUUCAUAAAAUACACGAAAUCUAUGUUUUAAUAAACUUGAGAAAUCGGCUUACUGAUUAGUAUCAUACCGAUACAUGGUUGCCUGCAUCUUACGCGCGUAUUGUAUUUGAUUGCCGUAUACGCUAACAGCCGUUACAUCAAAGUGGCCAUGCAAUGCCGACACAUCACGCUAGAAGGACUGGUUUGUGGCGUGUUUGAUAUUGGUAACGUGAAUGAGUCUUGUUGCCCGAGGAUGCCGCAUUCUUAUUCAUUCGGAUUUGGAUUGCGACUGACAUCUUUCUAGCUCCGAUCUGAAACACUUCUCAGUCGUCAUUGUUUUGCAAAUCUUUGUGGAUUACGGUGAAUCUGCGAGGAACAUUCUUUCUCUCCUGUGGACUAUUUUUCUACUUUGUGCCGCUGACGAUAGGAUGUGUCAUUUCCUUCCUGUCAGAAGAUGUGCUGAAGGACAAGGAUCGAAUAUAAAUGAAUAACAACAUGGCAGGCAGCUGUCCGUUAAGUCUGCAUGAAUUUCUUGCCGAGGCGGAACUACAACACUAUUACGAUGUGUUAGCGAAUGAUCUGAAGAUAGCGAGCAUCCAUCACCUGAAAUAUGUUCAAGAUGAGGAUCUGAAUCAGAUCGGUAUGUCACGGCCCGAGCAACGGCGACUGAAGAAAUUCUUCCAAAAGUAUUAUCCUCAGACAUAUCUCGGCAAGUUUGUCAAGAUUAUUCAAACAAAAACCUCCUCCUCGUCGGCCUCAUCGACGUAUAAUGGGUCAUCACGGCGCAAUUCUGGUAUGGACCAGUGGGAGGGCCUGCCACCCCCACUGCGGCGAGAUAGCAGUUACGCGAGUAUUCAUGUACAACCAGCUGCUCACGUUGCACCCGCCAACAAAACCACGGAGUGUCAUGUCAUUCGGAUGGAGGAUAUUAGGCUGGGUCAGCUAAUCUCUUCCGGCAAUACGGCCAAACUUUACCAGGGAUUCUGGACCAAUAACCAAAACCUUUCUGUGCCUUGUUGCAUCAAGUGUUUAAACAAGGACCGUCUCCGCUGCAGUCCUUCACAGUUCCUCAAAGAGGCGGCCACUCUGUGCGCUCUUGACCAUGAGCGUAUUGUCAGAGUAUACGGAGUUGUGGUGGUUCCCGAAAGUGCCGAGUCGUCAUUGUGGCUGGCGACAGAGUUGGCCCCAAAUCGCUCAUUAUGGGAAUGCCUUAAUGAGCCCUUGCUCAAAUCCAGUUUAUCAGUCAUGACACUUUGUGAUAUUGCACUGCAAAUAUGUGACGGAAUGAAAUAUUUGGAGACGAAGCGAAUAACCCAUCGUAACCUCUGUGCACGAAAAGUUCUGGUUUUUGCCAAGAUGAAGGUGAAAAUCAGUGACGCCGGCCUGAACGAAGCCCUUAAUUGUCCGGAUGGCAGUAAGUCCGACGGCUUGGUCAGAGAUUCACGGAUCGCUGCGUGGAAUGCGCCGGAAUGUUUUGAGAACAAUCGAUUUUCCUCCAGCAGCGACGUGUGGGCCUUUAGCGUGACAUUAUGGGAAAUGUUUUCUAUGGGUCAGCAGCCAUGGCUGGGCUAUUCAAGUCAGCAGAUCCAGGAAACAAUUGGGUCACCGAAUUGCCGGCGACUCGAACAGCCUGAAUUGUGCCCGAAAGACUACUACCGAACCAUGCUGCGCUGCUGGAGUCAUGAGGCCAGUGCACGGCCGACUUUUGCCCACUUGAUGCAGAUCCUCCCCGAGUGCAAACCGGAGCAGUUGCAAGCUAUCCGCGAUAAUAUGUCCAUCGCUCAACACUCCAAGUGCCGUUUGCAGUAUACGAUUGGCGAUGUGAUUGUCGUCUUGGAUAAUAAUCCGGAUGACGGCGAAGGAAUGUGGAAGGGCAUCGUUAAAAGUCGAAAACCGGGUUUGUUUGACCCAUCGGAUACCGUGGCUUACUUGGGGACGGAUGCAUUACCAGUGGCAGCAGAUACGGUUACGAAACCGCGCCAUCGGAAGAUUCCAAACGGAAAGAAUCUGAAAAUUCGGAGGGAAAUGAUAAGCAGGCCACAAGCCGAUUUCCGGCACACCGGCCACGUGGGAAUGGAUGGCGCAUAUUUCGGCGAUGUAUCCUUCCUGGGCAAUGGGUUUGGUGUGUUACCAUCGCUAGCUCGGUCGUAUGAGCGGGCAGCUGACGAUGAGCGGUCAAUGGGCGGCUCGAGGGAUACCACGCCACUCAUCGCAUCGCGUCUGUCGCUGACACAUACGGCGGGCUCAGAAAGUAGGAUGUCAAGUGAUUCCUGGCACAAUACCAGCUCGGAAUCGCCGCGGAGUAGCUCUAGCCAUAGUUCUAGCCAUGCCAAGGAGAACACUUGUUUUCGGGAUCCUUCGCCAGCGGUGUCGACGAGAAAGGAGGGAAUUCCGCCACCGUUGACCAACGGUAUCUUGAAGAACCACAAACAACAGGGCUAUCAAAAUGCACAGUUUGAAAAGGAUGUCGUGGAUGGAAUGCCCAAACGCGAUAGCGAGAAGCGCUUUGCUAUGGCUUUGCGCCCUCAAGAUGAAAAAUCGUUUGACUUGGAUUUCGGACCGUCACUGAUGGACGAAGUGUUCCGUAUGAUCAACACGACGGGGCCGCUGGACUGUGACUCCAAUGCGUCCGAAAGAGCGCCUCUGACGAAAGAUUCGGAUUCCAGCACACCGACGACACCGUCCACUCCUAAGGAUUCCAUUGCGAGUAUAAGUCAGGUGGAACCGCCUGUUAGCUUGCCACCGGUUAAACUAGUGCAACCGGUAGCCAAAGAGCGCCAACACAUCUCGCGCUCGGUCGUGACCUCCAUUGUGAAUACCAGUGCGUCUAUGGAAAAACCUGCGAUCAAACCGAAACCGUUGGUGAUGGCGCGUAAAAAGUUGGACCCGAUUUCCAUCGUCCAGCAUGAACCACCGGGGAUCGCGUGUAUUAAACCUGUCUCGCCGCGUGAAGAGAAGAGCCUGGAGUCCUUUAUUCAAGCAUCCAGUGAAUUCGCCGCGAAAAGUCUAGAGAAUGGGCACGGCCACAAAGUUAACUCGCCCAAGCCGAGCUCUCUGAAGAGCCGUUUCUCCUUUCGCGGAUUACGUGGGACUAAAGCCGCGGAACCGCCUAGUGUUUCACUGCCCGUAUCGCCCAGGACUUUCAUGGAUGCGAAGCCGUUAAACCAGGAUAUGGAUAGUCAAGUAUCGCCGGAAGGGAAAGAAGCGUACCGGGUGCUGGUUGAUCAGGGCCAGAUUGAGAUCCGGUGUCCUGCACCCACUCCGAUGAGUGUAUGCGAAGAAGAGGAGGAGAAUGAGGACGCUUCCCCAUUGAAGUUGCUCAGAAGUGGAAUUGGGGUGGUGCCGAAGCUGAGGGGGAACAGGAAUGGGUUUAAUCGCAGUUUGUCGCAUGAAGCUCCUACAAUGCCGUCCAGUGAUUUGGUUUCCUUGCCGAGAAGUGGUAUUUCGCAAUCCUUUCGUCUUCCAUCGAAGACCAUGCCGCCCCUUCCUCCUCUGCCAACCAGAGCAGAACCGGUUUCGGCCUCUCAAAGCCCAGCCACGGCCCGCCAACUCCUGCCCCCUCCGCCGCCACCCCCUACGCUGCCCGAUUGUAGUAAGCGCUCAUUAGAACGGCCGCACAAUCCGCCUCCCCUUCCGCCGCGGGACCGCUCAAAGCCCAUUCUGGGACCGCCCGCUAAGCCGCGUGAACGGAUCCACCCGCUGCUCAUGCCCGAUGCGGAGGACGAAUGUCUCGUUAGCCAGUCGGAUGGGCUAGGCCAGUCCGCUGAAUACGACAGCAUCCCCGCUGAUCAAUCCAUUCCGUCUGCUCACAACCAUGUGCCUAACUGUAGUGGUCCACUGGAGAAUCCGCAUUAUCAGAAUCCGCACAGUCCCGGUCUGCUGCGCGACAAAUCACCCACACCGAUGAAGAUGCUGCCAUCGGUGGUCAAGGGUGGAUGCAAUACCGCCUUUGAGCGGGUCUGUAAUGGACACGGUGGCCGGGUUUACGCCAGGGAACAAACCUUCUGAUCUACCGUGACUGAACACAUGUUAAGCUUCUUUAACUGUUUGUUUCGCGGUGGGGUUUUUGUAAUACUACUUGCCUGUGAAUAGUUAUAAGAAAAAAUGCACCUUCGUUUUAUUUUGAGUACGUGUUUGAUUUUAGUUGUAUCUAUUUCUACAUUUUGCUUUGUCCGAUGUAUCUCGGUAAUUUAGGGAACUGUCCCGGUUGUCAUGUUCCGAAUGUGUAUGCUGUGCGGUACACCUAUAGGUAAAGAUUGACCUUACCCUUUUCGAUCGCUGAUGUACUAAUGCAACGAAUCUCCGUUUUUCUGCACAUUUUAUUUGUCCAAUGUUUGAUUUUUGCUCUUAAUUGCGCUCGCAAUAAAUAUCGCCGUAAAUUUGGUUGCUUAAAAAACUUGCUUUG